GAGCCUGGAGAAACGGCCUGCUGCGUGAAGUCCCAAGUCUUGUCCCUGGCUCAGGACUCCUAAAAUAAGAGGAAGAUUGUGUUAGAAGGAAAGAAAACUGAGUGUCAUUCUCGAUUAACCAAACUUCCUUGAAGUACUAGGUACAAGAAAUAACCAGCUGUGCUUUACAAAGAAGGAGGCACAAACACUAAUGGUGGGUUUCUAGAACAUACGUCUAAUGCCCAGAAACUCUAAAAAACAGAACCAGAAAGAGAACACAGAAAGAAGAAAACACCUACCUGCAAUGUGAUCUCUGAAAGGUGAUAUUUAGGGCCGGGCGACAAUGACAGUUUUCAACGAUGGUUACAUUAUGAUGAACGGCUCCUCGAUUUCUUAUUGAAUUAAUGCAACGACGUUCUUGGCCUAGUUCUUCAUAAAGACGUUGGCGUCAAAAUUAAUAACAAAGCCUGUCAAUAGAAAAAGUUCUCUGCGCCGAUGCAGAGAGUAACGUUUUCAUCCCAGAAGCACCAAGCGCCUUGGAGCGCCAACCCUAGGUAAUAAACUGCUGAGCAACCAGCAGGAGACAGAAGCAUCACGAAUCCCUCUCAGAUGCUGCAGGGCACACAUGGUCUCAGGAGAAAGGGUAAGCUCGUGGAUGGUCAUGCCCUGGAGCUCGCCUCUGUGCACCAUGCCGUCUAAAUCUGCUUUCUUCAGUCAACCAAGGGUGGAAGCCACUCCCCAGCCUCCAUCCAGCAUCCAAAAGAGGAAGAGGGACGAGUCAUCAGAUUCUGAGGAUGACCUGGCAGAGCUAUUUGAACCUGAUCCCCAGCCGGUGUGGUCAGUGGAGACGCCGUGUGGGCUCAGGAUGACGCUGCAGAGGCAAUGUGUGUCUACAGUGAGGCCUGAACACCACAAGGUCUUCACCAAGUUGCUCGAGGAUCCCGUGGUGAAAAAAUUCCUGACCUGGGACAAGAUGCUGCGGGUGUCAGACAAGUACCUCCUGUCUAUGGUCAUAGCUUAUUUCAGCCGCGCUGGGCUCUUCUCCUGGCAGUACAGGCCCAUCCACUUCUUCCUGGCUCUCUACCUGGCCAAUGACAUGGAGGAGGACAACCAGGCCCCUAAGCAAGACAUUUUUUACUUCCUCUAUGGGAAGAGCUAUGCCCAGCGCCCCAUGUUCCACAAACUGCGCUUCCAGUUCAUUCGGUCCAUGGGCUGGAGGAUCUGGGUGUCCCAGGAAGAGUGUGAAGAGAUCCAGGCUUACGACCCAGAGCUCUGGGUAUGGACACGGGAUCGUACUAAGCUGACCCAGAACCCUAGGGUCAUGGAUACUCGAGGCCAUCCGCCUGCCAUAGAUCCCUGUGCCUGAGGGAGAUGCUCUAUGCCAACAUUAGGACUGCUGGGGGAAAGGAGAGAGGACUGACUAUCUUCCAUGGGAAACCUAGAAGAACCCAGACUCUUCCAGAAGGAGUGGGAUGGAAUCACCACACUGCGCUCCUGGGAGCUGGGACCCUUGUAGGAGUCUCUGGAGAGGCCAUGAGAAACCAGGAUUCCUCCAGGCUCCAUGCUUUCCAGAGGCACCAUCUAAAUGUUAUCCCGAAUGUCCUCGGUCCCCACCUCCCAACCGUAGCAGCUGAAGGCCCAUGGUUUCCUGUAAUUGGUCUCCACUGCUCAGGCCAUUUGAAGGAGGCACCUCAGGGCUCAGAUGUGGAGGGAACUACCUUCAAAGUAUAGCCUUUGAGCCAUAUGUUUGUAAUAGAAAGCUUUAAUAUAUUUCAUGUUUAUUGAAGACUUUGAAAGUUUCUCAUAGAAUUAUUUAUUAUGAACAGGUUUGAAAUAUUGUGGAUUUGAAAACAGGCAGCUCUCCUGAUUUUGUGAUGGAUAACAUUCAUAUAUGUAAAUAUUUUCACUGGAGGAGAAGAUUUGGGGUUUUUAAUCCAUUUGUUUUGGGGUUUUGUUUGGUUUUUUUUGUUUUGGGGCAGAGCCUCACUAUGAAGCCCAGCCUGGCCCCAGACUUACAGAGAUCCACCUUCCUCCAACUCCUCAGUGCUGGGAUUAAGGGUGGUGUGUGCCCCUAUGCCUUGUGAGUUUUUUAAAAAUCUAUUAUAAUCGAACAUAGAUUCUACUUAAAGAUAUAUGCUUCAUGUAAGUGAGAAUUGUUGUUUGAAGUUUACUCUUUAUUAUUGAGACGUGAAGAAGCAACACUUGUGUCUGUUGAUUUAAAGGUGAGAUGUAUUUUGAAAGAGCACGUGUUUUAAUAAAUACUUUGUCAACACCCA